UGUGUCUAUAUAUGAAUAUAUGCAUAGUAUUAGUUUCCUAUACAGAAGCUAAAAUAGAUGUAGCAGUAAGAAACUGAGAGUCGGGAAACAGGAUCGAUCCGGAAGAUAUAGCAGUUUUGUCCUGUACAAAUGGCAACGGAAGCUCAAACUUUUCCCUCCCCUCCUUUUUCUACGGAAGGUUUGGGGCCUUGUGAACUAUCAUACUCCCAUUCAUUUAACAAUUCUUUUCACCAGUGGACUUUCUGGAGCACAUGCGGCAAUGACGAAGGACGCUGCGGGAAGACUCCUCAUCUCUCACUCUCAGCCGCUGCUGACGCUGCCGUGAUUAAGACCGACAUCAAAUGGUUUAUGCAACUCGAUACGGAAACAAUAAUGUGGUGGCGGUGUCUAGUUCAGUUCUGGGGUUUAGUGAGGAUUGGCGACAAAACGUAUUUGACAACUUGUGACCAGCCUUUUGCUCUCUGCUACUACUUUGAUCCAGACGUCAAGCCACUAUGUGAAUAUAGGAAGCUCUGUUUGGAGUGCUUAAUACCCGUGGAUGAUGAUGAUGAUGAUGAUGUUGAGCUUAUAAUUGGUCCCCCUGGUCGGGUGUUCCGCAGUGGAUUCCCUGAAUAUGCAGAGGAUGUGCAUGAUUACACUAGUAGAGAGUAUCCUCAACGUGAUUAUGCGGUCGACCGUGCCAGGUAUUACUGGGCGUUACCAAUCUAUCAUCCUACUCGGCACCUUCCCGUUGGUGUACUGGAAAUUGUAUCACCAUAUGUUGUUGGCGACUUACCUCGACGUCAGGUUUUGGAGAAGCUUCAGAAUCAACUACAGAAGGUGAAUCUGACAACUACUUGUGUAAGACUCGCGGAAGCAAGUUCAUGUCAAGAUGGAGAAAUUGCUAAAAUUGACAAAGCAUUGAGAAAUACCAAGUCAAUAUUCAAGCGUCCAAAACAUGGACUGUAUUAUUCCGAAACUUGGACUACUUCUGGAGAAAUACUAAGUUCUCGUGAAGGCGUAGAUUUUAUUCGGAAGGGACAAGGGGUAGUUGGGAGAGCAUUCUCAUCCAAAAGUGCAUGCUUUUGUAGGGAUGUAAGACAAUUAAGCAUAACAGAGUACCCGUUGGUACCCAAUGCACGACACUAUGGGGACUCUGCCUGUUUUGCAGUUUGUUUGCAGAGCUCUUGCUCGAGCAAUUGCAUUUAUGUACUGGAGUUCUUUUUACCUACAAAUGAAAAAGACUAUGGGGAUUGUAGGAUAAUGCUGAACAGCAUAAUGGAGAAAUUGAAAAAAUACCUCAGGAGUUCUUUUAAGAUUGCUUUAGGACAAGAAUUGGGGCAAAAAUUGACUGUUGAGGUUAUAAAAGUCACUCCAGAGGAUGAAUUUGAUUCUUUUGAAAUCUGCAGUACUACUGGUAUUGAAUCUACACCUAGGCUUGGAAAAGUACAAGGAGGAGAAGGAAUGAUGCAACUUGAUUUCUCAUCUCAACAAGUUGAUGCUGCAAAUGGUUCUAUGAAUGGAAGUGUUGAAUCUACACCUAGGCUUGCAAAAGCACAAGGAGGAGAAGGAAUGAUGCAAGUUGAUUUCUCAUCUCAGCAAGUUGAUGCUGCAAAUGCUUAUAUGAAUGGUGUCCAUGGACAGCAGAGUGGGAUUGUUGCAAAAGCACCAGAGCACGCGCAGGACUUUGUCAACAUAUCAUAUCAAGAAUUAAAUCUUGCAGGAGUUGAUGUUGCGCACAAUUCUAUGAAUGGUAUUUAUGAACAGCAAGAUGGAAUUGUUAGAUCUUCAAUUGGACAGGUGCUCAUGCAGAACAUGGUCAGCAUAGCGGAUUAUGAACCAAUUGUGGAAGAUCCUAAAAGAGAUGAUGCUAGUAUAGAACAGAGCGGCAAUGAAGUGACUAAUUUAAAGAUGCAAGAGCCUAGUUGUACUUUAAAAAGCGACCUUGGAAUUACUCACGAGGUUCUUGAACAAAAUUCUAUGAGGAAACUUGAAGAUGCUGCAAAAAAUAUUGGAGUCAGUCGAUCUACAUUGAAGCGUAUAUGUAGGGAGUAUGGUAUUCACAGAUGGCCCCCUCGUAAAGAAAGAAAGGUCAACCAAGUCUUUGCUAAACAAAAAGUUGUUCAACCCGCUAUUGAAAAUGUUGAAGAACACCACUGGUUAGAUGCAACGAGGCUAGAAGAUGAUAGCAGUAUGUGGAUGAUCAAGGCAAAAUAUCAAGAGGACAAGAUAAAAUUUGAACUUUCAUCUUCUGCCCGUAAAAUCGAUCUGGAGAACAACAUUGCACAACGAUUCAAUCUAUCCGGUGGAAGUUUUAAAAUUAAGUAUCAGGAUGAACUUAAUGACUGGAUUUUGAUAACCUGUGAUACAGAUCUGAGUUUUUGUAUGAAAACACUACAAAAACUAGGUAGGACAACAAUUGAAAUGUGGGUCAGUUGAUCAGCAUCUGUGAACCUUUGUACAAUUAAUUUGUUUGUUAAUAUUGGUGCUCUAGCACGACAAGCUUUACUGUGGUCAUUAAGCAGCUUAUAGGUUGUCCCAUAAGUUGCUCAAUAUACAAUUAAAUCUUGUCAACUAGAUGACCAAAAGUCUAGUUGGUAGAAUGAUACUAAGUCAGAAUUUUAUUUGUUGUAGCCCAUAUUUGUAUCCCUCAUUCCUCUCUCUCAUUUUCAAUUCCCACUUCUCACUUUCCAUGACGGCACAA